AUAGAAAGUCCUCUACCAGAAGAUGAGAGUAUGGAGGCUGAAGCAGAAGACGUUUGUGGGGAACAGAUAUUGGGUACCGAUACAAAAAAUGGCAGUAUAGAAUCUUUGAUGGAUAGAAUGACAUCUGCUGAACAGGUUAAGGAGGGUACCACAACUGAUGGAAAUAUGGUCACUGAGACAGAUGAUGUAGCUUCUGAAAAAGUUCUGGAGGUUUCUGAAUCAACAGAUGAGAAUAUGAAUGCUGAAACAGAUGACAACAAGACCACAGACCAGCUACAGGAGAGUUCCUUGGCAGACAGCAACAUAGAGGCUCAAACAAAGGGUAUGAACCAUGAUGAACAGAUUCUUGAAGUUUCUUUCCCAAAAGAUGAGAUUAUGGAGAUGAAGACAUCUAACAUGACCCGUGAUGAACAGAUUCUUCAGGAGACUGUGAAAGAUGGUAUAACAACUGCUGAACAGAAACAAAAUGGUUCUCCUAGUGAUAGCAAUAUAGAGGCUGAAAUAGAUGGAAUUAUUCCAACAAAGCAGAUACAGGAGAGUUCCUUGGCAGAAAUAGAAGAAGAGACAGCCAAAGUGACUGGUAUAGAACUUGUACCCAAGACCUCUCCUUCAGAAGGGAAUAUACGUGUAGAACGUGCACUCGAGACCUCUCCUUCAGAGAGGAGUAUGGUGACUGAUGAAGGAGGUGACAGUCCCGUUAUCAAUGAAUCUGGCUCUGCUGGUAGUACCUCACCAAUCUCUGAAAAGAUACAGGCCCUACAAGACUUUUGCCAGAGUAUCUCUCCCCUAGCCAAGACCAACGAAAAUAACAAUAAUGAGGAAGUAUUUAUGUCUCCAGCUAGCAAGAGACGGAAAGACAAAACCGACGCUUCAGACAUGAUCAGUUGUCUUGAAGAUUCUAUAUCUUCUGUUGACAACACUUCCGACCUUGAAGAUAUCUCCCUGUCUCUUCAGGAUAUAAAGGACAUCCCACCUGUGUUUGUAGUAGACAACCAAAUUCUGGGGAAGGAUUGCAACGGGGGAAUAAAAGAUGUUUCUGGUUGUACUCCUAUCUCUGGAGAGGUUUUUACUGAGGCUACAAAAUCAAAGGAAAAUAUGUUCAGCAAUUUUCCAUUGAAAGACGAAAAAAUUUCCAAGAAUUAUUCUACAUAUGGAAACAUCAUCCUCCCUGAAAGAAGCUCCUGUGAGACAGCAUCCAAGGAUGACCCAGUCCAUCAGAAAAGUGUUCAAAGCAUCAGUGUAGACGAUGACUGCAACCUUCAGGAAAGAUAUUCUUGUGAAAUACCCACCAAGAAUCACCCAGUCUGUCAGAAAAGUGUUCAAAGCAUCGGUGUAGACGAAAACUGUAACCUUCAGGAAAGAUAUUCUUAUGAAAUACCAUCCAAGAAUCACCCAGUCUGUCAGAAAAGUGUUCCAAACAUUGAUGAAAUAGAAGACAACAUGGAAGAAAGUAAUGUUAAAACAGGGAGGUGUGAUACUAUCGACAAAAAACGCACUGAUUCCCAUCAGGAAAGUUCACUGGAAUCUAGUCUCCCACAAACAGAUAGUUAUGCCUCACAAUUUAGCGAGAGUGAUUUGAUCUGUUGCUGGGAAGUAGAUGGCAGAAAGCUAGGUAGUGGCGAUUCAUUUGACAAGAUUAGUGAUGGCUGUCCCUCUGAUGAACUGUGUCCUGCCAAUGUGUCAACUAAUCGUUCAUCACCACAUAUGUCUACGGUUGUAUCAACAGAUGUGUCAGUGGACAUGUCUCCCUAUGUGUCUGUGGAUGUGACAGAUGUUGUAUCAACCAAUGUGUCCCUGACGAAGUCGGCAAAUGUUCCUGUGUCAACUGAUAUACCUUGUGACACGUCAGCAAAUUUACUUUGUGUGUCGGAGGAUGUGUCACCUGAUAUGGCUGAGGAUGUGUCAGCUGGAGCGAAAACCAGUAUCAAAAUACCAAUCCAGAAAGUGGACAGAAGAUCUCCAACGCAAAUGGAGGCCCUAGAAGAGGAUUUGGUUGAUGUAGCAGAGGAAAUACUGUCUUCAGGGCAACAGAACUUGCAUUUGAUAGACACCAACAGACACUGCUCUGGUGUUGUGACAGAGAAAGAGUGUUCUGUGAUCAAGCAAAAGACCUGUCAGGAGUCCGAUAUCGAGACAAAGCAUUCAUGUUCAGAGGAGACGCAUUGUGUACCGAGUACUGAAACCAUCAGAUUGAAUACCAAGGUAGAAAAAUGUUCUUUGAGCAAUGAAACUUCCAGACAAGACUCCCAAGUGGAGAUCAGAGGUCCGUGUUCAGAGGAGAUGCAAUGUUCUGUUGACAGUGAAACCACUGGACAGGAAACACAACUGGAUAUCAAAGAUCCAUGUCCACAGGAGAUGAAUAAGGAAACCGUCCAGCAGUUGGACAGCUGUUUUGAUGACACUGUCUCGUGUAAACUUGCUCAUCGAAAGAGAAAGCGGACGUUAUCUGAUAGCAGCUCUGAGCAUGAAGAACACACAGAAAAGAAGAAAAGGAAGGCAUGGUAUCAAAAUGUGAAAACUACCUUGUCAAAAUUCUUUAGCAUCAAAGACAAAGUACUGUCUUCUGAAAAAUCAGUCUAUACAAAAAAGAAGCUGAGAAAAGAGAAUAUUUCCAAGAUAGUGAAACGUUUCUUUUCUCUGAAGGACAAACAAGUGAAACCUAUGGUGAUAUCAAAAGAGCAAUCCGAUGAUCCUAAGGAUGACGAUAACACUGAAGAAGACAUGGAUUCUUCACAAGAAAGAGAAGAUAUGAACAAGUGCUCUAUGUUGAAGACUUCUAAAUCUAACAGUUGUGUUUUCAGUAGAAACUCUGCAUUCUCGGAAUCAUUAGAGCAGACAUCGACUCAUUCACAGGAUGUGCUCACAGAAUCAUCAGAGCUGACAUCGACUCAUUCCCUGGAUGUGCUCACAAAGUCAUCAGGGCAGACAUCGACUCAUUCCCUGGAUGUGCUCGCAGAAUCAUCAGGGCAAACAUCGACUUAUUCACUGGAUGUGCCCGCAGAAUCAUCAGAGCUGACAUCGACUUAUUCACAGGAUUUGCUCACAGAAUCAUCAGGGCAGACAUCGACUCAUUCACAGGAUGUGCUCGCAGAAUCAUCAGAGCUGACAUCGACUCAUUCCCUGGAUGUGCUCACAGAAUCAUUAGAGCAGACAUCGACUCAUUCCCUAGGUGUGCUCACAGAAUCAUUAGAGCAGACAUCGACUCAUUCCCUAGGUGUGCUCACAGAAUCAUCAGGGCAGACAUCGACUCAUUCCCUGGGUGUGCUCACAGAAUCAUCAGGGCAGACAUCGACUCAUUCACCAGAUCAGGAGCCCAAGAAAGGAAAUGAAGAACUAAACUCUGCUUCUCCAACAGAUCCAGAUUGUGUAGCAGAGGAGGUACUUGUAAGUGAUUGCAAUGAUGAAAGUGUACACAUAACAAUUGAAGGGUGUAAUUCUACAGAAUCAGGUGCCAGCAUUGAAAUCCACUGUAAAGAGGAAAUAAGGAGUGAUACAUACAAAAAUGAAACUAUGUAUAAAGAAUUUAGUCAUGAUGACAAAGACAUCAACAUGUCAGAUGACUGUGAUGUUUCGAGAGAAUCACAGGGAUUCAAUCCAUGUUUGGAUAAUUAUUCCGAAGAUACCACCCCAUCAGAAACUCGAGAUCAAGUAUUCCAGCUUGCUGAAGAAUCUCCUACCCAGACAUCUGUAGAUGAGAACAAGGACACAGACACUUCUGAAGAGGAAUUGACACAAGCUAAUACAUUUAAUAUUCCAAAUGAGAAUGUUUUGGCAAAGAACCAAGAUACAAACGACUAUAUGGCCGAAAAUCGGGACCUUACCGAAGACAGCACGCCCGCCAUUACAGCAUGUUCAGAGUCAUCAGCAUGUUCAGAGUCAUCCUGUACUGACACACAGAACUCAGAAUCCUUGCUGGCCCCAUUGGAAACAUUGUGUUGUACUUCAAAUGAGGAAGAGAAACAAGAUGGUCAAUCUGAUUCAGAAUCAAUCUUGGCUCCAACAGAUUCUCGAUGUGAGGAACAUUUGACAUCAAAUUCAAAUCAGGAGAGUGAUUUGUUGAAACUCUCAUCAGAGAAUGGAAGUCAUGGUACAGACUGUUAUUGGGAUGACCAAGCGCGAUGUACAUCUGACUCGGAAUCACUGGAAGAAUCAGUCACAUUCACUGGUAAGAAAUCUCCCAAGAAAGCAGAAGGAAGUCAAAAACUCAAAGAAUGUCAGAUUGUAACGGAAGAAAACCUCAGUAAUAUACCCAAUCUGGAACCCAAGUCAAAAACAUACAGCCUAGGUAGCAUGGAUUCCUCUGAUAUUUCUAUUAUCACACUUGUAAGUUCUGAUGAGCUGGAUUCCAUGGGAGGAAACGAUUUGAAAGAUGGUGUUUUGAAAGGCACAAGUACUGAAGAAGAGGAUAUUUUGACCGAAGACCAGUUCCGUCCUAAACAAGAAUUGGAGGAAUCGCCAACAUCACCUGUAGAAACUUCAAAGGACUCUGGUGAGUCGGAAUUGGCAGAGAAGAACAGUAGUCUUGAAAAAAGCAUCAAUAACUCGGAGGAUUUCUCGCCUCCUGAUGAGAACUUCUGUGAUCAGUUGGAUUCUAUAGUAACUGAAACGACAGAGCAGAAUACAGAAUACACUGAUGUGAGCUCUAUAAAUUACUGUCCCCUCCCAGAUUUUGAGACCGAUUCCUCAGUGGAUGAAUCCAAUCGUACCAUGGAUACCAUCCCUACAUAUGUAUCUCCUAGUAAGAAUGAAAUCAUAAUAUCGGACUCUAGUGAUAGUUUACCGGAGGUUGUGUUUCUGAGAGAAGAGAAGACAAAAUCCAAAGUUAAAUCCGAGUUUACGGUGGAAGUGAGUGUAAAACAGGAGCAGGUGCCCCGAGUAGAUGAUUCCAGUUCAUCCUCUACAGAGGACGUAGACACAGGGUGUCCGCCUGUGGUAAUUAAGACAAGAUUGUACUCACCAUUUUCUAGUCGAAACACCAGAUCAUUCUUACGUGGAAGAGAUUCACCUAUGUUGGAGAUGAGUACAUCAUUGUCCAGUUUAGAGGACCAGUCGGAGGAAAGGAAAUGUUCACCCAGAAAAAGGAGAAGGAAGAAAUCACCAAUCAGAAACAAAACCAAAACCCCAGAAAAGAAACAAACACCGUCAAAAUUUAAACGACAACCUCGAAGAAAGAAAAGUGGGAACAGAAAAUGUUGUGAGGAAGAGGUUAUUGAAUUGAUAAGUGACAGCGAGUCUGAUAAUGAUGGUCCUUCAAAGUUAACAAGUCCAACAAAUUCAGCACAGAAAGGGAGGAAUAAACUGAAACAGAGUGAAACUAAGUUAGUGGCUCUGAAUCUAGCCAAAACCUCUUCUGAAGGUAGUGACCUUCAAGGUGACCUUAUGGAGGACAUCCGAGAUGACCAACUGGAUGACAUUGAAAAAGAGGAGAGAAUUCACAGAACUGAAUCAGGUCAUGAGUCUUCGGUACAAGAUAUUUUCAAUUCUGAGGAAUUUGGUGAAGAUUCUUCUCUGCCAGUCUCAUUUAGUGAUGACAUGGUGACGGCAAAUUUGGGAUUAGCUGAAGAAACAUCCGCAGAUGUUGAGAAGGAUGAUGACAAAUCUACCAUUGAGAGUGAUGAAGAUCACACGGACACGGAGAUGAGGAGUAGACCAGAGUUGGAUAGUACUAUAAUACCAGAGGACCCUGCAGAUGUUAGUGAUGAAUUUUCAUGUCAAGGUGACCAAGCCUCAGACGAUUACUUAGAGGAAAGCAUGGAUGAUGAUAAUGACCCAAACCAUUCCUCUCCCUCUCCUCCUCCUCACCAGCCUUCAGACGAUGAAGAUGUGAUUCCUAAUACAUGCGAUGAAGACGAUGACACUGAUUUGUACAUUCCUGUCCUGCCUCCUUUGUCCCCAUGGGAUCCUCUGGAGGAUGUUGGUCCCUCACAAUGUCUGUCGCCUGUUUUCCCUGAUAUAACAAAGACAUCAAACACACCUGCAAAGACUUUCGACAGGUCAGUUGACAGUGCUUCAAACAUGUUUGACUCGGAGGAAGAUUUCAGUGUUCCCGAUCUUGAUUGGAAAGCUUUUGAGGACAGUGAUGACAAAAUGGAUGGGGAGUCAGAGUCGUCGACAAAAAGAGAUGAAAAUGUAAUUGAAGAUAUAGAGGAAAAUGAAGGGGAUAUCCCUAGUAUAACAGACUACCUUGGCCAGAGUGAUGAUGACUUCACUGAUGGUGGGCAGGACAACAAGUCUACAUCUGUUGCGCCAAGACCUGAUGACUUUACCAUGGCAUCGACCAGUACAAGCAUAAAGAGACGUCGGUUGUUCAAUAAGGACGAUGAGGACAUAGAUGGAAUUUUAUCGGCAAAGCGAGCAAGGACAAAAAUGUCAAGUAGGGAAGUUUUUACGAAAAUUUCUCCGGCCAGCAAGUUGAAAAAAGCAUAUGAUGAAGACAUGCUUAUAAGUACACAGUGCCCUCUAGUGACAGACAUUAGUGAAAGUCAGUUUGAGGAUGCUUCUAAACAACUCCUUCUCACUGAAAAGAACUCUGAUGGAUCAGCCAAGAAGAGAAAGACUAAUGAGUUCUUGGUUAAUGUAAAAGCAAAGUUGAUGAAGUACAAAACUAAGCGGCAAGUAACACCUUCGCAGUCAGAGUCUGCCCAGUCUAGUCAGGAGACUCCGGGAGAAAUUUCUGUUGCUAGCUCAGUGCAUCAACGCAUACUUACUGAGGCUGAGGCAUCCAAUGACAGAAUAGUAGGCUAUUUAAAGAGAUGUACAGGAGUAAUCAGUAAGCUUCAGCAGGCUCUGGAUGGACACCAACUCAGCAGGUUCCCUCGAGUGUCACAGUGGAGGAAAGACUUGUCUGAGGUUGAAGAGAAAACAGUGUUACCCAAGACAACAAUAGCUGUUGUAGGAGAUACAGGUGCAGGGAAGUCAAGUCUGAUGAAUGCUAUUAUAGACCAGUACAACACUCUGCCAACAUCGGGGAUGAGGGCCUGUACUGCAGUGGUGGUGGAGGUCCAAGCCAACACUACUAGUAAUAACUAUGAGGCUGAUAUCAAAUUUCUGUCUGAAAAGGAAUGGUUUGAUGAGCUCCAGCUGCUGAUCUCGGACUUGACCACUGCUGAUGGGAAGCUGAAGAAGAGUGUGCCCGACCUAGACUCUGAGGCCGGGGUGGCUUUCCUCAAGGUCAAAGCUGUUUAUGGCAAGGUUGACACCAUGGCAGCUCUGAGGCGCCUUACUGCUGUCACCAGGAUGUUGGACCAGGUCAAAACCAUAAGGGCUACCAAUCCAAAAGUCUUUCGACGACUAAUUGACCGUUACAUAGAGACAGCUGACCCAGGAGCCGGUGGUCAGUUUUGGCCAAUUGUGAAGCAGGUGACAAUACGAAUGCCAAACUGCGAUGCCUGCAGUAGUGGGGCAGUCCUUGUAGAUCUCCCUGGUGUACGUGAUUCAAAUGCUGCCCGUGACCGCAUAGCCAGAGAUUACCUGAAGAACUGUACAGUAGUGUGGGUGGUAGCAGCCAUACAUCGGGCCAUCAACAACAAGACGGCCAAGGAGAUGCUCGGAGAAAACUUCCGGCGUCAGCUUCUUAUGGAUGGACAGUAUGGCAGUGUGGCAUUCAUCUGUACGAAGUCAGAUGAUCUCAUGCCUUCAGAACUGAUCAGGAACCUUAAAUUGGAUAAAGCCUGCGAGGCAUUGGAGAACGAGAUUCAGUCCCUACUGGUGAAACAGAAGGAUGCUGAUCACACUGUUGUUAAACUAAAGAAAGAAAUCCGAAGGACUGGAAAGGAAAUCAAAGAGUUGACCAGUGACAUAGCCGACAUGAAGGAAACCAUAGAGGAGACAGAUAAAUUAGUCAUCGACCUGGAGAGUGAAGAGGUGGUCGGAAUGGAAUCAUUGAAAGAGUUGAGGCUGGUUUUACUAGACAAAGAGGAAUCACUGAAGACUAUACAAAGUGAAAGGACAGACAAGGAAAAGGAGAUGGAUAGGUCUACAAGGGAGUCUUUGGAAAUCGACAAGACAAUUGACAUGAAAAGGAAAGAGAUAUCAUCAAUUUGUGCCAAGGCCAGGAACGAGUACUCUAAAACGCAGAUAAAACGCGACUUCAAGGCAGGACUGCGGGAGAUGAAAAGAAAGGCAGGGUUAACAAAUGCUGAGGAGGACGAUGAAAUGGAGGAUGAGGAUCAGGAUUACAACAGUGACGAUGAUGACGAGGAGAUGGGUCAAACUGCAGAAAAUCUGAAGGUGUUCUGUGUCAGUUCCAUGGAAUACCAAAAGAUGAAGAACCUUCUAACCAACGAUGGACCACCCACUGUAUUUAAUACUACAGAGGAUACUCAGAUUCCAAUGCUGCGCCGCUACAUUCACGAGCUCACAUCAUCAAGACGACAACAGCAUGUAGAUAGGUUGAUCCGCACCCUAGGACAGUUUGUGUUUGAUGUACAGAGUUACAUCAUGGCUGAUGGCACCACGUGUAAAGGAACUCGGAGGGAUGCUAAAUCAGCAGUAGAAGAAAACUCGAAGGAGUUACAAGAAAAGUUUGAGCCAGUUUUAUCUCGUCUGGGUCAUGACAUCGGAGAGAUCUUCUGCAAAAGUAUAGAGACAAAGAUGGCAGAUGGAGUUGCUUCUGCAAUGUCUUUUGCCAAUGAUACUGUCUCCAAAUGGGGGUCUAAGCCCAACAGAGAGGAGAAAUCUGAAGGAGGACUCCAUUGGAAGGCGUACCAAUGUACUGUGAGACGCCAGGGGGUAUACAAGUCCCCGACUUACGGCGCCAUCGACUUUAAUGAACAGUUAUCAGAGCCAAUGUAUAGAUGUAUCAGUGUGUGCUGGGAUAAAGUUUUCAGUGGCCUACUGUGGAGAACCCUAGAGGAAUGUAAGAGUCUACUGAUGAUGACCUUGACCCUAUUCGUGAGGGAGCUUGGUGGAAAGCUCCAGGCGUUGGAAGUACCCGGGAUCCAGAUUGAGAGGGUCAGCACCCAGCUCUGCCAUAGUGCUAAGGACAAGUUAGCAGAGAUGAUGACAAACCUAAAGGAACUGGUUGUGUCCCGUCAGCGUGAUAUCAGCCGGGUCAUCACCCCAGCGGUCCAGGAAAACCUGGACCAGACGUACACCUACUGUGGGGAUGAGAGUGGCUCGGGGAUGUUCAUGAGGAUUAAGCAGGCCAUGGCGGGAGCAGUGGAUUACAAACGCCACAACAUGUUUGGGGACGCCUCACAGACACUGCUAGAUAGCCUUGUACAGCUUAAGGAGGAUAUAGUAUCACACGUGAGGUCUGUGUGUCUGUCACUGUGCCUUAUGCUCCAGGCUGCAUUUGAGCCAUUGUGGGAAGCACCUAGUCAAACAAAACUGCUCAAGGAUCUCCUGUUUGAGAGCGUGACAGAAGCUGUGCUGUCUGUGAGUAGUCUGCACACAGAUGCAAACAUUUCUCUGCCUGUUGCACCAACCCACGACUCAACAUCUGAUCAGGGCAGUCCUAUACCACCUAAUCAGACAUUAACUGGUCAGGAUAAUCCAAGUCCACAGGUCGACCCCGCCCUGCCUGGUCCCUCUGGCCUACAGAUAGCCAGGACUAACCCGGUUGGUCCCCAAAUGUUUACGAUGACCUAUGGAAGGACACACAAGUUGAUGACUGAUUCCCAUGGCAACACUCAGCACGUUUCCAUGGAAACAUCAAACUCCACACAUGUGACUGACGUGUUGAAGCACCUGAAGCAGGAGCCAGGGUCCACCAAAGUGAUAUCCAGUACUUCCAUCAAAAAGGAGUGGGAACCCUCCAGCAACCUUGAAGAAGUUUCGGGGCCUGAACUGAAUUGGCUGCAGAACACCUUACCCGACCUUCAUUCAUAUACCGAAAUACAACCUAGCCCUGUAAGGAUGCCAGUGAGGUCCUCAACCAUAAGUCACCCCAGAUUUGGAUUAUCACCGAUGACCAGGCCUCAGACUACAGGUCCAACCAGGUUUGGAAUAUCUCCACAAAUCUCCUCAACCGUGACCAGGCCUCAGACUCUAGGUCCAACCAGGCCUGGAAUAUCUCCACAAAUCUCCUCAACUGUGACCAGGCCUCAGACUCUAGGUCCAACCAGGCCUGGAAUAUCUCCACAAAUCUCCUCAACCGUGACCAGGCCUCAGACUACAGGUCCAACCAGGCCUGGAAUAUCUCCACAAAUCUCCUCGACUGUGACCGGGCCUCAGACUGUAGGUCAAACCAGGUCUGGAAUAUCACCCAUGACCGGCCCUCAGACUGUAGGUCCAACCAGGUCUGGAACAUCACCUACAGUACCUAAUGUGUCCUCGACCAUAACCAGGCCUCGACCUGCAGGAACCCCUGGUGUUAUUCCUACACAUCCAUGCAGGAUUCUCGCAUCUAUCUGUACUGUCAACUCACCUGUUUGUCAAUCAGCUGACGGUACUGCCAGACAACAAAGAAACACACGCCUUGGUGACAAGUUGUAUUUUUCUGUUGGUAAUCCAGAAAUGGUGAUGCUUCCUGGAGCAAGUAGUCAGUCUACAACUCCAACAAGCAACAGAUUAGGAAGUGAGACUGUGUCAAACAAAAGUGUUCUGACUCAAGCAGCGAUUCCAGCAUCUGUAGUAGGUACAUCCACAUUACAAGGAAAUCAAAAGGAUGUACCAAAAGCCAGUUCAUGUAGAGUCUACAAACUUCCCCAAGCUUAUCCUGGGAUCAGUAGAGGUAACAUUCCACUUAUGCCCUCUGGAAAAAGCCAAAGUCAACAAGCCACGAACAGUCCCGCUACAGUACAGACGGGAGAACCAGCCUCGUCAGCAUUAAGUUCUCCCAUCAAACGGCUUGUAUCAAUAGUGGACAAAAAUGUGUUGAGUCAAUUUCAAACUAAACAGCAUUCUACACAGACAUCUAAUGAUUCCCCCAUUCUUUCACAAUCAACAAACAAUAGAAGCCCUAUUGCUACUAAUUCUCCACCUGUCAGUGGGACAUCGUCUUCUCACAGGGGAAGGUCAAGGCUAAGUUUGAGGAAAACCUCCACACCUGAAUCCCUGUUACGUUCCCAUGUCCACAUUAAACAGGAGCCGACAGGGGACGACACUGGCCAUCAGCGUAGGAUCAGGAGAGCAAACAAUAAUGUUAUAAUCAAUCUAUGUGACAGCAGUGAAAAUUAACAAGGGAUGACAGUGUUAAACAUGUAAUGUCUUUCCUUCCUGUACUGGUACAUCCAAGUAUUCUGACAAACCUGUGUUCUAUUGACCCUAUAGUAUACACAAGUCCACUGUUAGUUGUCGGACAACAUUUAACUUGCUGCCUUGACCUGGAGUGUGAAGUAACACGAUGUGGAGUGUAACAGAGUGCUGUUAUAACUUACAAGUUAGAUUCAGAAAUUCUAUUAUGGUCUGCGUUUCAAAGUUUUAUACACAAAUUGUUUUGAUGGACAAAUUUGUAAAGCCAAUAUAAUCUCCCAUAACUGUCUGAUUACUGUACGAUCAUGAUAAAAUGUAAGUGGAUGACAUGAUAGUUACCUCUUAGUACUGUAUUCAACCUAAUAAACACUCUGCCUCCAGAAGUGCACCAGCACCUUUUUUUUCAGGAAAAAAUAAAAGUUCCUUACCUCGCUGAUCUUGUAAUGUAAUCUUCAGUCAUUUAACAAAAGACUAGAUUAUUUUUGCUACUUAAAGAUAUAUAUGGAUAAAGAAAUUUUAUUUUCCACAGCCAGAUUUCACCUGGAACUUUUCCCCUGUACAUGGUUUAUGAAUCAAGCCAUGCCCCUUUUGUGUUUUUUAAGAGCCCUAUUCACUUAUUUAUCAUGAUUGAUGAUAACAAAAAAUUACCAAACAAUAGGUGUUAGCAAUGUUAACACAAAAUAGGUGUUUGUGUUUUGAGAAUCACAUCCUGUAAACUAGUAUGAUACAAUACUAAAGAAAUUAAUUGUGUUAUAUUGGUAUUAACAUUAAAGAAUAUACCAGAUGUAUCUUUUCCUUACAAGACAUGCUUUAACAGAGAGAUGUUAACAGGUCUACUAGACUUUUAUGACAUAUACAAUGUGUUAAUGAGACCAGGUGGGUGGAACUUGUGUUUGAAUUGAAUGCUGAAAAUCCCCUAUCCUCUGUGACCUCUCGAGAAGUGUGUUCGAAAAUAAUUUUAGUAAGAAAUAUGUUUUUAAGAAUUGACUAACAUCAGGCUGAUCACAAUGGAUGUAAUGGUAUCCUGACAGGAUCCUGACCAGGAGUUUAUAUUUGGAUUAAUUCACAAUCUCAAUCAGCUGACCUGGAAUCACCAUUGUUGAGACACAAUUUAAAGGAAUAAUUAGUUUAUUCCAUUCCUUUAAUGACUCUUACAAACUGUUGGUAUUUGUACUCCUUUGACUGGCCUCAGGGGCACCUGUUCAAUUAUGAUGCAUUUAUAAUCCGCCAGUUAUUUGUUCAUUUACAUAUAAUUAAGAUCAAUAUACAUGUACAUGUAUUUUAAUUUGCAUGCAAACUCGUCAAACUUGAUAUGAAAUAUUAUUAGUUAUGUAUCCAUGGCGAUGUUUCCUUAGUUACAGGUGAAGCACCAGUUAAUGUUAGUGACACUGAAUUUUGUCUAAAAUGUUUGGGGAAAAUUGGUGAGCAUUCUGAUACAUUAUUCCAUUGACCAGUAUUCUGUAUCAUGAUGAAAGUGUGAAUGGGAGUUUCUGAGCCAAAAACAAGUCUUUCAGAACAUGUUUGGCUUUUGAAAAAAAAAGUUCUAGGUAUAUCAGAUAAGUCAUCUAACAGACUAAUGGGCAUUUAUAUCCAUUCAUGAUUAUGCAUUAAAAAGUCAGCGUCCCUAUAUUAAUUGGAUAGGAUUAGUGGAUUGAUGGAUAACAUAUUAAUGUCGGUUUUCUUGUAGAUGUUCUUGUAGUGUUGAAGCAAAACACCUUACAGUGAGACAAUUUAAAUGUUUUAGAUAGGUGUCUUACAUUUUACUCAUCAAUUUUGAGAAUUUUUUUUUUUUUGGUAAUUCAUGUUCUAGCCUGCCUGCACGUGUACAGUAAUGUUGUAAGGACAGUAUUUAGUAUAAUGCUGAAUUAAAGACAAUCAAAUCAAAAUUCAUUGUCCAAUGUAACUCUGUACAGAGUUAAAUUGAACGUGAUAUUCUUAUAUUAAUCUGCUACAUGUUUGAGUUGUACUUCGGUGUUAAAGUACAUUUCUCAGAUUGUGUUUGUUUAUUUUUAAAACCUUAUGAGUCAUGAUCACUGGCAUUUUACCUGAGUAUCUGUUUAUAUGAUUUGUGAGAUAUAGAGAUGCUAAUUAAAUGAUAAAAAACUUUUUUAAUUGCUUCCUUUAAAUCAAAUAAAUCAUGAUUUUAACAUCUGUAUGCUUUUAGAUUAUUAACAUGUGUGAAAUGAUGACCGUGUUUGAUGAGUGAUAGCAAUCCACUUCCCGAUAUUUUUUACAUUUAUAUGAUCGAUGCUGUCUAGUACACAUUUUACUUUCAUAUUCUAAAUGUGUUCAGAAAAAUGGUACUACAAACUUGUGUACAAUGUAUGUCUUUCCUGACUUUCCAAAAUUUCUACAACAAAUUUUAUAAAGAAUUAACAGAUUUUAAAUAUAGAAUGGAGGUUGUAUUUUACAUGUGUACAAAAACCAUUGUACAUUUUCUGGUUUUCAAUGUUUUGCUUCCUACCAUUGUGGAAUUGAUGCCAGUUACGGUAUGUGGAUUUAUCUACACCAGUGUGGUUACAUUGAUCGAUCCAUACCAUUUUAUGUGGAUUGAUCCAUAUCAGUAAUUAUGGGAUGCCGGUUACAUAAAUUGAUCCACACCAGUGUGUAUGUGAUGCUGGUCACGUGGAUUGGUCCACACCAGUGUGUAAGUGAUGCUGGUCACGUGGAUUGAUCCACACCAGUGUGUAUGUGAUGCUGGUCACGUGGAUUGGUCCACACCAGUGUGUAAGUGAUGCUGGUCACGUGGAUUGAUCCACACCAGUGUGUAUGUGAUGCUGGUCACGUGGAUUGAUCCACACCAGUGUGUAUGUGAUGCUGGUCACGUGGAUUGAUCCACACCAGUGUGUAAGUGAUGCUGGUCACGUGGAUUGAUCCACACCAGUGUGUAUGUGAUGCUGGUCACGUGGAUUGAUCCACACCAGUGUGUAUGUGAUGCUGGUCACGUGGAUUGAUCCACACCAGUGUGGAUGUGAUGCUGGUCACGUGGAUUGAUCCACACCAGUGUGGAUGUGAUGCUGGUCACGUGGAUUGAUCCACACCAGUGUGUAAGUGAUGCUGGUCACAUGGAUUGAUCCACACCAGUGUGGAUGUGAUGCUGGUCACGUGGAUUGAUCCACACCAGUGUGGAUGUGAUGCUAGUUAUGUGGAUUGAUCCACACCAGUGUGUAUGUGAUACUGGUCACAUGGAUUGAUCCACACCAGUGUGGAUGUGAUGCUGGUUAUGUGGAUUGAUCCUCACCAGUGUGUAAGUGAUGCUGGUCACAUGGAUUGAUCCACACCAGUGUGGAUGUGAUGCUGGUUAUGUGGAUUGAUCCUCACCAGUGUGUAUGUGAUACUGGUUAUGUGGAUUGAUCCACACCAGUGUGUAAGUGAUGCUGGUCACAUGGAUUGAUCCACACCAGUGUGUAAGUGAUGCUGGUCACAUGGAUUGAUCCACACCAGUGUGUAAGUGAUGCUGGUCACAUGGAUUGAUCCACACCAGUGUGUAUGUGAUGCUGGUCACGUGGAUUGAUCCACACCAGUGUGUAUGUGAUGCUAGUUAUGUGGAUUGAUCCACACCAGUGUGUAAGUGAUGCCGGUUACGUGGAUUGAUCCACACCAGUGUGUAAGUGAUGCUGGCCACGUGGAUUGAUCCACACCAGUGUGUAUGUGAUGCUGGUCACGUGGAUUGAUCCACACCAGUGUGUAUGUGAUGCUGGUCACGUGGAUUGAUCCACACCAGUGUGUAUGUGAUGCUGGUCACGUGGAUUGAUCCACACCAGUGUGUAUGUGAUGCUGGUUAUGUGGAUUGAUCCACACCAGUGUGUAAGUGAUGCCGGUUACGUGGAUUGAUCCUCACCAGUGUGGUUGUGAUACGUUUCUUGUACACCAGUAACUGGUUCUCCCUUAAAUAUUCAAAGAAAAUUGAUGUGUAACAAAUGAUGAAUGUGUGUUCAAGCAAGUUGAACUAUGUUUUAAUCAAAAUAAAAAGUUAUUUUUAAGUUCUUCAUUCAAAAAGUUUUUGUUAAUGUAGAUGGGAAGUUACACUUAUAAUCUGCUCUAGUUGAAUAUUUUUGAUUGUUAUACUGUUUUAAUCAUUGUUGACUUCAAAAUGAGUUGUAAAAAACAUGUUUAAAAUAAAUAGAAAGCAAGGUGCUUGCCAAUGGGCCAAUGUUUUAUAUUGAUGGAUUCUAUAGUGUACAAUAAAAGUUUUUGUUAUUA